UUCCUUCCCCCAAACUUCCUCCAUUCUCCAAAUCUUACCUUUUUACUUUUCCGUUAAUGGCGCCGAAAGAGCGAUCCACCGGUGCCGGAAAACCUAACGCCCACCCCGCCGGACUUGGUGUUAGUGUUGGUGCGAAAGAGCCGCAUUUUAGAGGAGUUAGGAAGCGGCCAUGGGGGAGGUACGCGGCUGAGAUCCGUGAUCCGGGGAAGAAAAGCCGUGUGUGGUUGGGAACUUUUGAUACGGCGGAGGAGGCUGCUAGGGCUUACGACGCGGCGGCGCGUGAGUUUCGUGGUGCUAAAGCCAAGACUAAUUUUCCGACACAUGAUGAUCUUGGUUUGUUGAAGCUACAAACUUGUCCGAAUCAGCGGAGCCCGAGUCAGACCAGUACGGUUGAGUCGUCGAGUCGUGACCCUGAACCGAUGGUUCCGCUUUUGGAUCUCAACCUGUCGUACGGUAGCCCUCCUCCCUUCGUAGUCCAGUUUCCCUACAACCACCACCACCACCACCAUAAUCAUAACCAACCCCGGUUCUCCACCGUCCCCGGUGCCGGCUUUUAUUCGCCGCCGGCGAAUCAGAUGUUUUAUUUCGACGGAGGAUCCAAACCAUCUGCUCGCCAUAUCACCAAUUGCGACAGAUCGUCGGUCAUUUUCCGGCAGUCUGCUAGUGUUGCGAAGAGCGACGACUCUGCGUCAUCAUCAGUUGUUGACUUGAAGCCGUCGCCUCCAACUCGACGCGUCGGCGUCACGAUCGAUCUCAACUUCCCGCCGCCAGUGGAAUCUUGAAAUUCAUAUUCAUCUUGAAUUCGUAAAUCUGAAACCGUAAUUAGGAAUAUUACGUUUUUACAUAACCGGGUAGGAAUACGGCAACGUCGUUUAGCGGUGGUGAUCAUGUAUCGCCGGUCAGUUAGCAUCACCGUCGGCAGUAAAUACAAAACCAGAUCUCCCUUUUUUUGCGACAUGUAGAGAAACUUUGCAGAGUAAUUUCUCGAAUUGUUGUUCGUUAAACGCUUGUCUUGUCGUGUAAUAUGUAAUUUUUGUUCAAUGGAAUUUCCGGUGACUUUUUUCCGAUGAUAA